UGUGAAAUGGCAGUGAUGGGAAUUACAUGCCAGGGAGCUCCCGAUCCAGCCGUCAAGCACAAGAAGGAGCUCACAGCUACCAAAGGGCUGAAGGAGACAGUGAGUGAAAAGCAGAGCAGUGUUUGCAAAGUAGAAGAUUCAAAGAAGGUCAUCUUUCACAGUCAGUGGAAAAUCCUGAAUGAUGUAAUCACCAAAGGAACAGCAAAAGAAGAAACAGAAGGAGGCUGUGCAUCAAUUUCUAUUAUUGCCCAAGCAGAAUGUGAAAACAGUCAGGAGUUCAGCCCCACUUUGUCAGAGAGAUCCUUUAUUGCUCAUAGUAAGCGCUACAGCCGGUCGGACAGUCUCGAUCAGAUCCCUAACAAUGUGGCCCACGCAACGGAGGGGAAGAUGGCACCUACCUGUUGGAGAGGGAGGCAUCGUGGUAGGACGAAAAAGAAACGUCACAAGAAAAGGUCCAAGCUGAAAAUACAAACAGUGGCUGCUGGCAGGCGGGGUCCCAGAACUCCAGAACAAGAGAGCUGCACCCCAAUUCCUGUCCAGGAGGAUGAGUCACACCAAAAUAAUCUUUACAGAAACAGUUUUUGGGUUUCAGAAUUUAACAAGGACUUGGCCUAUGAUCCGCUGCCGUUUGAGAAACCAGAGAAGGUUCUGUCCACGGGCAAACCCCAUUCACCGAGGAGCCAGUACAAAACAGAACUGCACAAGUUGAUAAGCCCCAUUCAGUGCCUUAAUCAUGUUUGGAAACGGCACUAUCAGAGGGACAGUGUUCCACAGCCUGAAACUCUCUACAACAUAAUACCCCCCCAUUUCCCACAUCUGGAGAGUCCUCUCCAUGCCAUGAAACGUAAUGCUCUGGAGAUGUACUUCCAUGGUGAUCUCAACUAUCAAGACAGUGAGCAUCGCUUCUCUGGCCUGAACUUAGAAUAUAGUUUCCCCAAAUGCAUCAACCAGUCCAUGAAAACCAGUUCAGACAAGUUUUCUGUGGAAGAAUACUUGGUAGACGCCUUGAAGGGGAGCGUGAGUCUCGGUGAACCACAAAAUUUAGCCAGCCUAGCCAAGACGUGGAGAGGAGGUGGUCUGGACCCGAAGGAACAGUUUCAUGAAGCAGACGAAAAUGAAGGCGUGCUGCUUAAUGAGAAACUAAAGCCAGUGGAUUAUGAGUACCGAGAAGAGGUUCAUUGGACCAAGUGUCACGGUUCUUUGGGCAUUGGCUCCUUCGGAGAAGUAUACAAAAUAGAGGACAAACAGACGGGAUUUCAGUGUGCUGCCAAAAAGGUACAAGUUGAACACUUCCGUGCAGAGGAGUUAACGACAUGUGCUGCCAUAACGAGUCCAAAAGUUGUCCCCUUGUACGGGGCUGUGAAGGAAGGACCUUGGGUGACCAUCUUCAUGAAGCUGAUGGAGGGUGGCUCACUAGGUCAGCUAAUUAAACAGAGUGGCUGCCUGCCAGAAGACAGAGCCCUCAGUUAUUUGGGCCAGGCAUUAGAGGGCUUGGAGUAUCUUCAUGCUCAGAACAUUCUCCAUGGAGAUGUAAAAGCGGAAAAUGUGCUCUUGUCUGAUGAUGGAAGCAGGGCUCUUCUGUGUGACUUUGGUCACUCUGCUCACCUUCAUCCAGAUGGCCUGGGAAAGUGCUUGGUCACAGGGAACUAUGUGCCUGGCACGGAGACUCAUAUGGCUCCGGAGGUGGUCAUGGGAAAGCGCUGUGACUCCAAAGUGGAUGUCUGGAGCAGCUGCUGUAUGAUGCUGCAUAUGCUUAACGGGUGCCACCCUUGGACCCAGUAUUACAAUCACCCACUCUGCCUGAAGAUAGCUAAAGAACCACCUCCUCUGAGGGAAAUUCCACCUUCCUGCAACCCUCUCACUGCUGAGAUUAUUAAAAUGGGCCUGGAGAAAGAGCCUGUUCAGAGAGCAUCUGCGUCUGAACUGAAAACGAAGACCAGUGUCGCCCUUGAAGAAGUGGGAGGUGUGACAAGCCCCUGGAAAGGUGAAUACAGAGAGCCUAGGCAUUUAUCUCUGAACAAAGAAAACAAUCCACAAACGUCCCUGUCCCCCACAGUGAGCCCAGUUUCCGAGACUGGUUCUGACCCAAAAUUGGCAGUCAAAGUUUCUUGUGCAAGCCCUGUCCUACCACCACCACCACCUCUGGAGCAAACAGAGCAGGUCGAGGGAACCCCUUGGAACGUCUGCAAGGAGUUACCUGAGACCUGGGACCCUCCACCUCUCUCCUCCACUCCGCUCCCCCUGAAGAGCUGCGGCCAUGUGGAGAGAGCAACCACCAUUUCAGAGCAAGAGCUUCAGCAGCUGGAAAUAGAACUGUUUUUGAACAGCCUCUCACAGCCUUACUCGCUGGAGGAGCAAGAACAAAUGCUUUCCUGUCUCAGCAUCGACAGCCCGUUUGUGUCGGAUGCCAGUGAGAAGAACUCCAUGAAGGCUUCUCAGAGCUUGAGGGACACUAUGAGCUCUGGGAUUCAUUCCUGGAACA